UCGAAGCAACUUGAGAGAGCCUCAAGACCAACCUCACUUGCUCGACGCUGCCUGCCGCAACAUCACCUCCGUCCAUUGCGUCGCCGGCACGACCUCAGCGCUGUUUAAAUCCGGUGUCGUGUGAGCCGAGGUGUCCAACGGACCUGUUCAGCCACCCACACAACCUUCCUAUCAUCCGAACCUGUCAAAUCAAACCUCACAACCUUCGCCAAACAUGGUGCACAAAGUUCUCUUCUGGGGCGGCUUCGGCAUUGCCGUCCGACUCUGGCAGCUGGGCAUCGAAAUGCGCCCCCUCUUGAACAAGGAAUCCCUCUGGGUGUAUCCCCUCUUCGCGGGCGUUGGUGGAAGCUUCGGCUACUGGCUCCAGGGUGUCGAGCAGAGACAAUUGAGGAUCCUCGCUGAGCGACGAGAGGCUAUUCUGGAGAAGCGACGGAGAAGGGAUGAGCGCGAGGGAACCGCUACUCUGGCCGCUAGCUCGUGAAUUUGAAUGAAGGAGGGUGAUGAAGGGGAAAUCUGAGAUUGGUGCAUCAUGCGUCAAUUCCUUUUCCGAAUGGGGGAAACCGAAAAGCGUGGACCAUUCCCCGUGUGUUUGAAGACAAGCAACUGUCCUUUCGGAGGAUUACUUUGAUGAUUUGGUCCGCUGCGAACUGUAACUAUUCAAUUCAAAUUCAACUUGUUCCAUUACCUUUCUCUCUGUCUUUCGUUCCAGUCCGAAGCCUGUUCUCGGGCGUCAGAAGUCGGCUCUGAUUUGACUCAUAUAAAUGGGGAUCUACUCCGGCAAUAGAUUCAUUACAUGCCUACUCUCUAAAAAAAUUUGAAACCCCAGGUUCUGUCUGUUAGAGUCCUUCCUUCCAUUAGGGCGCCGCAUAUAUAAUAAUAAUACGAAUACUGAAAGAAUUUAUUCAUAUUCU